GGUCAGUGUCGCUCUUUUGGGUUUUCCGUACGACGGAGAAGAAGAAAGCUGACCCACGUUUUGUUAAAUCCUCCUACUUUACAUCUGCAGCGCAGACACGCAGUCGGUCUUCUGGUAAUUUCUGUCCGAAAGUAAGCAUGAACGGGAUAAACGACGAGCCGAUGGUACCACAGACCUUCCUUUACGGGUGUGUUCUGGAAGGUGGCAAGGAGGUGUUCUUUGAUCCUGAAGAUGACGACUUUGAGCAUCAACUGGAUCUGAGGAUGGCAUGUGUGGACCCUAAGACAAAAGACGAACUAAACAUGGUGGAGGUUGAAGGGCGGGAUGCAGAGGGGCAGAAAGUCAACGCAGCAUUGGUUUCCCUCAAGCCAUCUACCCUUCCAAGUGUGUGCCUCGGUGGGUUCACAAUCACCCCCCCUGUAGUAUUUCGUCUGAAGACCGGUUCAGGUCCAGUUCACAUCAGUGGACAACACCUAGUCAUGAUGGAGCCUGACCAGUCUUUUGAUGAGGAAGAAGAGGAGGAGGAGGAGGAAGAGGAGGAGGAAGAAGAAGAAGUUAAAGCAUCAAAGAAACGACCCGCCUCAUCCCCUGCUGCAAAGUCUCAGAAAAAAAGUAAAAUGGACGUGGAGGAGGAAGAGGAUGAUGAUGAGGAGGAUGAGGACGAGGAAGACGAUGAUGAUGAGGAAGAAGAAGAGAGCGACGUUGAAGAAUCACCUGUUAAGGCCAAACCAGCCCCACCCAAAGCGACUCCAGCAAAACAGAAGGGCCCGGCUCAGAAUGGCAAGAACUCUGGACCAAGCACACCUGCCGCAAAGCAGACCCCCAAAGGGAAAGGCGAGAAGUCUCCCAAGACUCCAGCAACGCCUAAAGCGACUUUAACCGUUCCCGAAAUUAAAGCCAGGAUGAUGGAGUCUGUGAAGAAGGGUGUCUCGUUACCAAAGACGCAGCCCAAGUUUGAAAACUUUGUGAAGCACGGUCACAAUGUGUCGGAUCUCAAGGUCAUUGCAGAGCUGUGGAAGUGGCGACAGACACUGAAGGAUGAAAAGUAGCUGACUCUGUAGUUUUAGCAAUUUUAUCACUUGAUCAUCCCCGUACCCACCCUCUCAUACUCUCUCUAAGUCUGUGCCUCACUUUUCCAUGGAAUCACUCUGCCUUCCUGACCGUAGAGGUUGAAUAUGGUGACGGUGAGCUGCUGGCACAUUUGUACGCCCCUCUCGUCUAGACUAAUGAGUAGGUUUGAUAAAUAAGCUGAAGCCAAUUCAAAGAUUAUUGUAAAAGUUGCUGGACUAAUGGGACAUCAGUAAACAUCGUUUUGUUUCUGCUCAUAUCUGUAGUUGAGAUUGAUUUCAUCUCAUUUAGAAAUUAAAAAUCAUGUCAUCGUAUACAAAACACAUGCUUGGUGAACUACAGAGUUGAAAAUAUCAGGUCAUGCAACCUAUAGUUGCAUACCUGAAAUAAUUUUCAGGUAUGCAUCUUUUUUUUGUUUUGUUUCCUUAAUGAAUGUUGAAUAUCAUCUAGUACGCAUCAACUUAAUCCAAACUCAUGUUGAACCGUCCUAUGAACCGUUGUUUUUUUAAAGCAACGGGUUUAAUAAAAUGAAGCACCCAAUGCAUUUCAGUUGUAAAAUAUCCAGUUUGCUUUCUGUUCAAAUGGAAGGCCCUUGGGCCAAAGGUUGCACACUUUGUUUUAAGCCUUAGGGAGUCUGCAAAUAACUUGUGUAAUCUUAGAAUUUCCCAUGUGUACUCAUGAUUCAGAGCUCAUUUGACUAGUUCAAGGGAGAUUUUAAAGGUGUAGGAGACCUGGUAGACGAGACUGUUCCAUGCUUUCCAACUGGUUUCCAUUUUAGGGUUUUUAGCCUCUGCUAUGAGUUUGAUCAUGUCUCAUUAAAGCAAUGAGGCUUCUUUCUGUUUUCCAGUGUUCUCAUACCGUUAAAAUCAGAAGCCUAUCCAUGUUUCUGGAUGAUUGCAGUGUUUUAUCGUUUCCUUUUUUUAUUUUGAAACAACUUGAUAUUAAAACAAUAUAAAUUGGU